UGAGGUCAAAAAUUGUCUAAUUGUUCAAAAAUAAAUUAAAUAUUAAAAAUAUAUAUUCUUUUUAUUUAGCCCCAGACUGAACCCCAGGUUUUUCCCUGAGCAGUUUGGUAAGGGUUUCGUUCAAAACCCUAGAACCUGCCCUUCUAGAGAAACUGAAGAAAAGUUAAGAGUGAGCGGAAGUGUUUAUAAUGGCUGCGAAGGAGGAUUACAGAAUAUUUGUGGGAGGUUUAUCAUGGAACGUUACCGAGCGUCAGCUUGAGAAUGCCUUCGAUCGUUUUGGCAAAGUUCUGGAAGCUCAGAUCAUGCUGGAAAGAGAUACUGGCCGUCCACGUGGAUUUGGGUUUAUUACAUUUGCAGACCGCCGAGGAAUGGAAGAUGCAAUUAGGGAGAUGCAUGGGCGGGAGUUUGGUGAUCGAGUCAUCUCUGUGAACAAGGCCCAACCAAAAAUGGGCGGUGAUGAUGAUUUGGACCAUGGUUUUCGGGGAGGCUACUCAGCUGGUGGCAGGAGAGGCUAUGGCGGAGGAGAUAGGACUGUAGGACAAGAUGAUUGCUUUAAGUGUGGGCGCCCAGGACAUUGGGCCCGAGAUUGCCCUUCUGCAGGUGGUGGUCGAGGUGGAGGUUCAUUCUCAUCACAUUCUAGGUUUGGAGGGGGUGGUGGGCGUGGCGAUCGUUUUGGAGGAGACCGUGAUCGAUAUGCGGAUGACCGUUAUGAUGCAGGCCGCUAUGGAGAGAGGGAUCGCUUUGACAGCAGGGACAGCAAAUAUGGGAGCCGUGAUCGCCAUACUAAUGAUAGGUACCAACCAGCUGACCGAUUCCCAAAUGACAGGUACACUGGUGGUGAUAGGUACCCUCAAAAUGGUUACGAUAAAGAUAGGAACUUUGACAGAGAGGGUGGUCCACGAGGCGGUGACAGGUAUGGUAGUGGUGGGGCAGCACGUAAUGAGGGAAGAAGUUAUCGGAGUAGGGCGGGUCCUUAUGACCGCACAAGUAGGGGGGGAAGACCAUCCUCAUUCGACCGCUAUUAGACUAGUUUCUUAUUUCAAAUUUGUAACUACAUGCUUUAUGAAGUUAGGUCUCUGUUUUAGUUGUCAGUAGGAUGUUGAAGUUGAAAUUGCAAUGUAGUUGAGGAUUAUCUUGAACCAGUGUUUCUAGCCUUCUUUUUUCCUAAUUACUGGUCAGUUUUCAUGCCAAAAUUUCAAAAUUAUUAACGUUGAUUAUUUUCAUUUGGAUAAUGAAGUGGUCCAUGAGUUUCAUAGGCUU